AAUUCAACCUGCACGGAAUGCAUGCAGCGAUUUGUGUUCUGCCUAUUGUGCACGAGAUACAGAGAUGCACGUAGAACGAAACCGUGAAGUCUCCCCCGGCCCCCGUACCGUACGAAAUCUCUCACUAGUGACGAGCCGCCAAGACCUGGACAUAUGUGCCAAUUCCUUGACCGGCCUUGGGUCGUGCAGGACACUGGGCUCAGGCCGCACGGUGUGGUGGCCUGACGGGGUUGUUCAAGCACAGAAAGCAACGACCCGUUUCAAGGUUCAGUGCGUCGGCCUGAGGUUUCAUUGAGUGAAAAAAGGACAUUGGAUUAUCCGGCCACGCAUAGAAAGUAAAGAGACGACCGUAGCCGUCCGCCUCAACAACGUGCAGAUCAACGAGCAGGAGAGUCAGUGUGAGUUAAUGCUUUACGGUCACCCAAGCAGAAUGACAAAAGGAUUGCUUGAGCGUUUGGCUGCAGGAGAGUUGAUCAUUGGCGAUGGCAGUUUUGUGUUUUUACUGGAGCGGAGAGGCUACGUUUCUGCUGCUGCCUGGACCCCCGAGGCAUGUGUUCUGUAUCCCGAAGCAGUUCGUCAGUUGCAUCGAGAGUACCUACGAGCUGGGGCUGAUGUCAUGCAGACAGCAACGUUCUACUCAUCCGACUGGCAACUCCAGCACGUGGCAUCCUUUCGCAAUGAUGAGAAAAUGAAGAAUCUGACUACAGGUGACAUCAACAGCGCUGCGGUAGAUCUUGCAAGGGGUGUGGCAGAGGAGGGCGGAGCCCUGGUUGCUGGCUCGGUGUCACCGGUUUCCUCCAUUGCAUUUAAGAAGGGCAAGGAGCAUGUAAUUAAUGAAUUUCAGAAGCAGAUGGCAAUUUUUAAGGAGAAAAAGGUUGAUUUCCUUCUAGGCGAGUUUUUCAUCAACAUAGAGGAGGCUGAAUGGGCAAUUCAGAUUAUGGCUGAGAUUGGCGUCCCUGUGGCCUGUACUAUGAGAAUACCUCCGACGGGUGAUGCUUCUGGUUGUUCACCCCAGGAAUGUGCUGUCAGAAUGGCAAAAGCAGGUGCCAGUGUUGUGGGCAUAAAUUGCAUGUAUGACCCGACUAUUUGCCUGGAGACUGUCGCCCUGAUGAAGCAAGGCCUGAAAGAGGCAGGGCUCCAGACUUACCUGAUGGUGCAGCCAUUGGGUUUCCACACACAGGAGCCUGGUUACGUUGACGAUAAGAGAGGCUACAAUGCACUGCCAGAUUGGCCAUAUGCAAUGGAGCCUCGUGCCAUAUCUCGUCUUGACGUCCACAAUUAUGCCAGGGCAGCCUAUGAACUAGGCGUUCGAUAUAUUGGUGGUUGUUGCGGAUUUGAGCCGCAUCACAUCCGGGCCAUAGCAACAGAGUUGUCUGAUGAGCGAGGAGGCCUUCCCCCUGCAGCUUACAACGUGACGCCGUGGGAUGCUCUUAAAGUGAGCAACAGUUCCUCUUAUUGGGUAAAGACAGACAAGGAGUACUGGGACAAUCUCACACCAUCCACAGGCAGACAACUCCAAACGUUUGCAACACUGCAGAGCAAGACGGAUCAAUGAUGGAAUGGCAACAUGAGUUUCCUUGUUUGUUUGACAGAAAAGAGUCUUCCAAAGAAGAAUUCCUUGAGAAUGACUGUCACUUUUUAGGCAAGUUCAGUAUGACGACUUGCUAAUUUGCCUUUAGGAUAGAAACAGGAUUUGAGCGUACACAAUGCUUGAGACAUCUUCAAACUACAUUCUUGCUUUACAAAGAUUAUCAAAAACAAAACCCACAAGAAAAGUCAUAAGUUCAAAGAAUCCUGUACUUUGUUUAGAACAAAAGUCUCGCUGACAGUCAAAAAACCGAUACAGUGAUGAUGGCCCAUUGUAUACUUGAUGCGAUAGAUUUAACAUAAGCAUCUCAAAGCACAUCUAUAAUAGAACUUGGGAAGCUAUAAGAGGAGAAUGAUAACGCCACUUUAUGAAAAGGGAAAGGGAUUUUGGUAUUGGCUGGUAUAAUUAACUUUUCUUUCUUUUCCUUUUUUUUUUUUUACUUUAUUUUUUAUUUGUGUAUUUGUCGUCUACAAACUACAAUGCAUGAAUCAGAGUGUACAUGUGUAUUUUGGGGUAUUGGAUGCUUCUUUUGGUGUCACCUUUUUCUUAGCCUGCCUGUUUUUGUUAAUUAACAAUAUGGAAGAAGUUGCAGAUCGAGACGUGGGUUAAGGUUACCCUGACGCAAAAAAAAUGAAUAACAAUUAUGGUGAGAAUUCUAAAAAUUACCUUCUAUAAGACUUGUUGUUCGUACAUCAGUAACAAUGUAAUACUUAUAUAUGUGUCCUAUCCGUAACAAUCAAACACAAAAUAUCUCUGAGGGGCCUGAACCUCUCACUCAUACCAACCCACCCACCCAACCAAGUGUGUAUUUGCCUGCAACUGGGGACCUCCUAUUGUUCU